GCACAGUGAUAUUCGUGGAGGAGAGUGUGCUACAAUGGAGACUGACAAAAGAUGGUCCCUCGUCGGAAAAACUGCCCUGGUAACCGGCGGUACUCGUGGAAUCGGGCGGGCAAUAGUGGAGGAACUAGCAAGAUUCGGUGCAACAGUUCAUACUUGCUCAAGGAACCAGGAAGAGCUAAAGGCAUGUUUGGAUGUUUGGAAAUCCAAUGGUUUAGUGGUAUCUGGUUCGGUUUGUGAUGCUUCAGUUAGGGAUCAGAGGGAGAAAUUGAUUCAGGAAGUGUCCUCAGCCUUCAGCGGCAAGCUCAACAUCCUUAUAAACAAUGUUGGGACUAAUAUAAGGAAACCAACAGUGGAGUACUCGAGUGAGGAAUAUGCAAAAAUCAUGUCGACCAACUUAGAAUCCGCUUUCCAUUUUUCCCAAAUUGCACAUCCUCUCCUAAAAUCAUCUGGAGUGGGAAGCAUUGUGUUCAUCUCCUCUGUAGCUGGUCUUGUGCAUCUUCGUAGUGGAUCUAUCUAUGGUGCAACUAAAGGAGCACUUAAUCAGCUUACAAGAAAUCUAGCUUGUGAAUGGGCAGGCGACAACAUCAGGACCAAUUGCGUGGCGCCUUGGUACAUCAAGACCUCACUUGUGGAACCGCUUCUUGAGAAGAAAGAUUUUGUGGAGGCGGUAGUUUCGCGGACCCCACUUGGGCGUGUUGGAGAACCAGAGGAAGUCGCGUCGCUGGUUGCUUUUCUCUGCCUUCCCGCAGCCUCUUACAUCACCGGACAGGUCAUUUCCGUUGACGGAGGACUCACAGUCAACGGUUUCAACUACGUUAUGUAGCCAACCUCUCGACGUAACUGCAUGUACUAAUAAAGCAAGAAUCCGUUUGUGAGGUUUUUGCCCGUUGGUCUUGUUUUUGUCCUUGUUUCCUUAGUUUGGUUUUGUUAUUAAACCUGCAAGAAUUUCUCACAUUUGUAUCUUAGAAAUAGUCAGCUGAAUAAUCAAAGGCACAGUUAUGCACCA